ACCCUCUUCCCUCGCUAACGUCCCCCCCACUAUUAUUAUCACAAAGAAACAAAGCACUGAAUGCUUAGAGAGAGAGAGGGAGAGAGAGAGAUAAAGAGUUGUUAAUUAGAGAGAGCGAAAAAAAGUCAUGGAAGCUGGGACAAAGAAGGAGAAGAUGGGGUUUGAGGAGACCGAGCUCAGGCUAGGCUUGCCAGGAAACGGAGCAACUACUCAUGAAGGUGCUGAGGUGGCAAGGAAGAGAGGUUUCUCUGAGACUGAGACUGAGACUACUACUGUGGAUUUGAAACUGAAUCUUUCUUCCAAGGAACCGGGCAGGGAUCCGACGACUGAGAAGCUGCAAAAGGAGAAGAACUGCCUUCUCACCGCUGAUCCAGCCAAGCAUCCGGCUAAGGCACAAGUUGUGGGUUGGCCCCCCGUCCGAUCAUUCCGAAAGAAUAUGUUAGCUGUCCAAAAGGGCGGCCCCGAGGAGAGUGAGAAGGCUAGUGGCAACGCAGCCUUUGUGAAGGUUAGCAUGGAUGGUGCACCUUAUCUUCGUAAAGUUGACCUAAAGAUGUACAAGAGUUACCAAGAGCUCUUUGAUGCCUUAGGCAAAAUGUUCAGUUCCUUCACUAUUGGUAAUUGUGGAUCCCAAGGAAUGAAGGAUUUCAUGAAUGAAAGGAAGCUGAUGGAUCUUUUGAACAGCUCUGACUAUGUUCCUAGUUAUGAGGACAAGGACGGUGACUGGAUGCUCGUUGGCGAUGUCCCAUGGGAGAUGUUUGUUCAUUCAUGCAAGCGUCUGCGCAUAAUGAAAGGAACGGAGGCAAUUGGACUCGCGCCAAGAGCCGUGGAGAAAUGCAGGAACAGAAGCUAAACUAGUAAACGUCCACAACCUGCUCCUUUGAUCUCGUCGCAGUCACCGCAAACACCAAAAAAAAAAAAACGCGUGCAGAUGGAUUGAGCAGGAUGUAUGGGAGUUUUUAUGAUCAUUAUAUAUGGUUUUUAUAUAUUAGUGUGAGAUUUUGAGUACUUAUUGUGGACAGAAACAACAAUAGUAACUCCUAUAUAUGUUCCUAAGACUUGACUUUGUUUUGCUUGUUUAGUAUUAAUGCGCGCUUGCUUAAUAACAUAAGUACAGUAAUGUACCUGUUUGCUGUGUUAA